AUGGCGCACAUGGUGACAGCCAACGCUGAUCCGGUGGCGCACUCGUCCUUGCUCGGCAACGUAGACUCUGUUGAAGCCUAUCCUGGUGGUACUUCGCUGCGCUGGGGUCUCGAUGCAUCUGAUCUUCUCAGCGCCCCGAGUCCUGAGGAGUAG